AUGAUGGAUCUAGGGUUACCGGUACCAACCGGUGGGGAGGAGGAUGGUAGAGAUGGUGGUGGUGAUACUAUAACCUUGCUGAAUGGACGAAAAUUGCUGUGUAGAUCAAGUUUCGAUGAAUGUUCACUAUUGCUUGGCUCACCGCUUUUUGAUACCUCACAGAGCGUAAAAGAAGGUCCGAAGUCCAAGUCAAAAACUUUUAAUGGCCGGAAUUGGCGAAAGCGAUGUCGCAGUGAUACUUCAGAUACAGAAGUCGCACCGCCAUUACUGAGUCCACGAAGUUUUUAUAUGGUAAAAAGUUGGAUUUGCAUAUCGCUUCUGAAAUUAGACUAUUUGACAGAAGGCUCAUGCACUAGGCAAUUUCAUCGUAUAAUGUUAUAA